AUGACGCUUACACGGGCACAACGAGCACAACGCGAUAAAUCUAAUAUGAGAUCAAGUUUAUCUAAAGAGCCUAACUCCAAGUCAACAGGUAUUAGUUCGAGUUCAACAGGCAAAGUAAUUAAUUCUGUUGAACCAAUGAAGGUGGAUCGACUUAGAUAUAAACAACGACGAACUAGGAGCGGAAGGAAAGUCGCAGAUUAUCAUGAACCUACUUCUGAUUCAUCAGAAGACGAGUACUUUUUAAAUAAUAAUAAAGACGUUAGCGAUCGUACGCGAAGAAAGAAACUAUCGAAAGGUGAUCAACGGACGAGAAUUCAAAAUACAUCAGAAUAUAUCAACGAACAAUUUCAUGUAUCAGAACAUACGACUUCUUCAGAUGGUGAACAAGAGAGUUCACAAGAAUUCGGAUUUCCUAUAUUUACAAAAGAAUUUCUAGCUUACGAUAAAGAACGUCGUUGCCGACAAAAAAAACUCGAACAAGAGAAUAAAUCCAAUGAUACAUUUAUUGAAUCUCUUCGUAUAAAAGUUCAUACCCUUAGAUCUGAUGAUGAUAGAAUUCUUCGGGAGAAUCAAGAACUCGAAGCUUCAAAUGCACAAAAAAUUGAAUCAUUUGAAAAAAUUAAGAUGUCAUUGAUUCAAUUGGAAAGAGAAAUUGGUCCGACUGUACGAUCUUCGGGCGUAAAAUUAGAUGAUGCAGAAAAUAUGAUUGCUUAUAUCAACGAUUUUCGAAAACGAGUUGUUAGUGGAUGUCUUCUACAACCUUGA